AUGGCAAACGGUGGCUCCCUCCUCGGAAAGAAGUUCCCUGCGCCCAUCGCACGGACGAUGUGGCCUUUCUACACCGCCGGCGUCAUCAUCGCGUACGGCAUUAGCUCCUUUGCGACUGUCCUUGCAAACACCGACGAGUACAAGAACGACCCGAGGAACCCCAACGCCAAGAAGCCGGCAGAGAAGCACUAG